AGGAGAGGCUCCGCGGGCCGAAGGCGGGGGCACGGAGGUGGCAGCUGGAGGCAGGAGGCGGCGCGGGCGGCCCCGAGCUCGAGCCCCGACCAAUCGCUGCGUCCCGGGCCGCGACCCUGCGCCUGCCGCGCACCCGAGGAGCGGAGCCGGCCCGGAUGGGCCGCUGAGCCCGAGUCGGGGACCGCGUGGAGCCCCCAGGAGCUGAGACCAGGAUGUUCCGUUUCAUGAGGGACGUGGAACCCGAGGAUCCCAUGUUCCUGAUGGACCCUUUUGCAGUUCACCGCCAGCACAUGAGCCGCAUGCUGUCCGGGGGCUUUGGCUACAGCCCCUUCCUCAGCAUCACCGACGGUAACAUGCCCGCCACCAGGCCUGCUAGCCGCCGGAUGCAGGCUGGGGUGGUGUCUCCCUUCGGGAUGCUGGGAAUGUCCGGCGGCUUCAUGGACAUGUUUGGGAUGAUGAAUGACAUGAUUGGCAGCAUGGAGCACAUGACAGCGGGGGGCAACUGCCAGACCUUUUCUUCUUCCACCGUCAUCUCCUACUCCAACACGGGCGACGGCGCCCCCAAAGUCUACCAGGAGACGUCGGAGAUGCGCUCGGCCCCGGGCGGGAUCCGGGAGACGCGGAGGACGGUGCGGGACUCGGACAGCGGCCUGGAGCAGAUGUCCAUCGGCCACCACAUCCGGGACCGCGCGCACAUCCUGCAGCGCUCCCGCAACCACCGCACCGGGGACCAGGAGGAGCGGCAGGACUACAUCAACCUGGACGAGAGUGAGGCCGCCGCCUUCGACGACGAGUGGCGGCGGGAGACGUCGCGCUUCCGGCCGCAGCGCCCGCUGGAGUUCCGGCGGCACGAGGCGGCGGCGGGCGCGGGGCGCAGGGCCGAGGGCCCCCCGCGCCUGGCCAUCCAGGGCCCCGAGGACUCGCCGUCGCGCCAGUCCCGCCGCUACGACUGGUGAAGCCGCGCGCCCCGGCCCGCGCCCCGUCCGCGCAGCCCCAGGUCACCCCGACAGCGUCGUCCCCACCCCCGGCCCGACGGAAUAGUAACUCCACUAACGCGCGCUGCGGGCCGGGCGCGCCGCCCCGCCCCGCCCCGCAGCCCCGCCCCGCCCCGCCCGCACCCGCUCACAGAUCCACGCCCCGCUCUUUAUUUUUCUGAUUAGGGCGACUCGCAGCUAGGUGUUUCUGGAAUAAAGGAGAACGGAACACA